AUGCCUAUGAAUGCGUAUGAUCUAAUGAAUUCUGAAGGGAACUGGGAUAUGAAUGUUAUUAGCAAGUAUAUUGAUAAAUCCUCUCAUAAUGCUAUUAACUCUGUAGCUAUUAAUCUUUGCUUGCAUGAUAGAAUUAGAUGGAAAUCUACUAUUUCAGGAAAUUUAACUACUAAGUCUGUUUACAAUUUCUUGACUAAUGUAACUAUUGAUAAAGAUGAAGCAAGUUUUUGUAAGCAAAUAUGGAACCUUAAUAUUCUUCCUAAAGUAAAUAUGUUUUGCUGGAAAGUGGUUUCUAAUGCUAUUGCUUUAGGGAAAAACAUGUCCAAAUAUGUUAAGGAUUCUAAGCCGCAUUGUUUGCUUUGUGAUUCUCAUGACAUUGAAGAUGAAAUGCAUCUGUUUGUUAAUUGUCUAUUUUCUAGAAAGAUUUGGGAUGCUUUUGAGCUUAAUAACAUCUAUAACUACAGAGGAAAUCAGGACAUUAUACAUUGGUUUAAAUUUUGGUUGAACAGUAAAGUUUUCAAUGGCAAACACAACUUAAUUUAUUUCAUCAUCUGGUCCAUUUGGAAGUUUAGAAAUAGUGUGCAGUUUGAUAAGGCAGUGCCUAAUGUGCAUAAGCUAAUUGAUUUAGUUAAAGUUCCCCACCAAAAGUUCAAUAUUCCAGGGGACAACAAAACUAGUCAUGAUUCUGUCACAGCUAAGAAUUUACACUAUGAUAAUCGCACAAAUGGAAGAUGCACUUAUGAUUGGUUUAUUCAUUUUGAUGCAUCCUUUCUUGAAGCUGACUUUUCUAUGGGUUACGCCAAUCUCAAUUCUGGAUAA